CGGUCCAUCCAUGAUGAUGAGCCUGCUAGCAGCCUUCGAGCAGGCUAGCCGUGUGGAGCUAGCGUGCUACCAAAGUGUGCAGUUUAUUUUCGGGGCAGCACGAUGAAGAACAUCAUGAAGUAUUAUCUACGUAUUCCGCUACAACUCAUUGACAACCGCAUUGGGAGAUAGGGGCGUCUUUACGUCAGUGAAGCGGGUCUGCAUGACCCUACAGGAUCUUUGUUUGGAUGGAUAGCGCCGCUGCUUGAGACUCUCCGAGCGGGCACGGAGGAGACUUCCUCAGCUAGCCGCUGCUAAUGGUUGUGCUGAUUAGCUCCACGGCUAACCGGGUGGCUUUAGCUGUCUGACACAGUUGGUUGACAUCGCUCAUCUGAUAAUUAGCAGGCUCUGAAAAGAGCGGAUUUGCAGGCACGACCAUGCCUCCCAGGCCCUCCUCAGGAGAACUAUGGGGGAUGCACUUGAUGCCCCCUAGCAUCCUCGUGGACUGCCUUCUGCCAAAUGGCAUGAUUCUCACGUUGGAGUGCCUCCGGGAGGCCACACUGAUCACAGUCAAGCAUGAGCUUUUCAAAGAGGCCAGGAAGUACCCUCUAUACCAUCUGCUGCAGGAGGAGAGCUCCUACAUCUUUGUCAGUGUCACUCAAGAGGCAGAGCGAGAGGAGUUUUAUGAUGAGACCAGGAGGUUGUGCGAUCUCAGGCUCUUUCAGGCUUUUCUUAAAGUAAUCGAGCCAGUAGGCAACAGAGAAGAGAAGAUCCUCAACAGAGAGAUAGGUUUUGCGAUUGGAAUGCCCAUUUGUGAGUUUGAUUUGGUGAAAGACCCAGAAGUGCAGGACUUCAGAAGGAACAUUUUAAAUGUAUGUAAAGAGGCUGUGGACCUCCGAGACAGUAACGGGCCCCACAGUAGAGCUUUGUACGUGUAUCCUCCCAAUGUAGAAUCUUCUGUUGAACUUCCCCGGCACAUCUAUAACAAGCUGGACAAAGGUCAAAUCAUAGUGGUCAUAUGGGUUAUUGUGUCACCCAGCAAUGACAAGCAGAAGUACACCCUGAAGAUCAACCACGACUAUGUACCGGAGCAGGUGAUAGCCGAAGCCAUUCGUAAAAAGACGCGCAGCAUGCUGCUCUCCCAGGAGCAGCUAAAGAUGUGUGUGCAGGAGUAUCAGGGAAAGUACAUCCUCAAAGUAUGCGGCUGUGACGAGUACUUACUGGAGAAAUACCCUCUGAGUCAGUACAAGUAUGUGCGCAGCUGUAUCAUGCUGGGACGGAUGCCCAACUUGAUGCUAAUGGCCAAAGACAGCCUGUAUUCCCAGCUGCCCAUGGACAACUUCACCAUGCCGUCCUAUGCAAGGCGAAUAUCCACAGCAACGCCCUACAUGAACGGGGAAACAGCCACAAAGUCUUUGUGGACCAUCAACGGAACACUGAGGAUCAGGAUACUGUGCGCUACUUACGUCAAUGUCAACAUCAGAGAUAUUGACAAGAUCUACGUCAGGACUGGGAUAUACCACGGUGGAGAGCAGUUGUGUGACAACGUCAACACCCAGCGUGUGCCCUGCUCUAAUCCAAGGUGGAAUGAGUGGCUGAACUACGACAUGUACAUUCCAGACAUCCCACGAGCCGCCCGGCUCUGCCUCUCCAUCUGCUCGGUGAAAGGAAGGAAGGGAGCUAAAGAGGAGCACUGUCCCCUCGCCUGGGGCAACAUCAACCUGUUUGACUACACCCACACACUGGUAGCAGGGAAGAUGGCUCUCAAUCUAUGGCCUGUUCCACACGGUCUGGAGGACCUGCUCAACCCUAUCGGCGUCACAGGAUCUAAUCCAAACAAGGAAACCCCUUGUCUGGAGCUGGAGUUUGAUCAUUUCAGUUGCCCCGUGAAGUACCCUGAUAUGACCAUCAUCGAAGAUCAUGCUAACUGGAAUAUCUCCAGAGAGCUUGGCUUUAAUUAUUGCCACACCGGUUUGAGUAACAGACUGGCGCGUGACAACCCCCUGACCGACACCGACAAUGAGCAGCUACGUCUGGUGUGCAACAGGGACCCGCUUUCUGAAAUAACUGAGCAGGAGAAAGACUUUCUAUGGAGGCACAGACAAGACUGUGUCAACAUGCCAGAGAUCCUUCCCAAGAUCCUCCUGGCUGUGAAAUGGAACUCCAGAGAUGAGAUCGCACAGAUGUAUUGCCUUCUGAAGGACUGGCCUGCUAUCAAGCCAGAACAAGCCAUGGAGUUGCUGGAUUGCAACUUCCCUGAUCCUAUGAUCCGAGAGUUUGCCGUAAAGUGCCUUGAGAAAUACCUAACUGAUGACAAACUCUCACAGUACCUCAUUCAACUGGUUCAGGUUCUUAAGUAUGAGCAGUACCUUGAUAACCCACUUGCACGCUUCCUGCUGAAAAAGGCUUUAACCAAUCAGAGGAUAGGACAUUUCUUCUUCUGGCAUUUAAAGUCAGAGAUGCACAACAAGACAGUGAGCCAGCGGUUUGGCCUGCUGCUGGAGUCGUACUGCCGGGCCUGUGGCAUGUAUCUGAAGCACCUGAGCAGACAGGUGGAGGCCAUGGAGAAACUCAUCAAUCUGACCGACCUCCUCAAACAGGAGAAAAAAGAUGAGGCACAGAAGACGAUAAAGGUUCAAAUGAAGUUUCUGGUGGAGCAGAUGAGACGGCCUGAUUAUAUGGACGCCCUGCAGAACUUCACCUCCCCGCUGAAUCCAGCUCAUCAGCUCGGAAAUCUCCGCCUGGAAGAAUGCAGGAUGAUGUCGUCAGCCAAGCGACCGCUGUGGCUUAAUUGGGAAAACCCAGAUAUGAUGUCAGAGCUGCUCUUUCAAAACAAUGAAAUCAUCUUCAAAAAUGGAGAUGAUCUGAGGCAGGACAUGCUGACGCUGCAGAUCAUUAGGAUAAUGGAGAACAUCUGGCAGAACCAAGGCCUUGAUCUCAGGAUGCUGCCUUAUGGCUGUCUGUCCAUCGGAGACUGUGUGGGCUUGAUCGAAGUGGUGAGGAACUCUCACACCAUCAUGCAGAUCCAGUGCAAAGGAGGCCUGAAGGGGGCGCUGCAGUUCAACAGCCACACGCUGCAUCAGUGGCUCAAGGAUAAGAACAAGGGGGAGAUGUAUGACCAGGCCAUCGAUCUGUUCACCCGGUCCUGUGCUGGUUACUGUGUAGCCACAUUUAUCCUGGGCAUAGGCGACAGACACAACAGCAACAUUAUGGUCAAAGACGAUGGACAGCUGUUUCACAUAGACUUUGGACACUUUCUCGACCACAAGAAGAAAAAGUUUGGGUACAAGAGAGAACGGGUGCCCUUCGUGCUCACGCAGGAUUUCCUGAUUGUAAUUAGCAAAGGAACUCAGGAAUGCACUAAAACAAGGGAGUUUGAAAGGUUCCAGGAGAUGUGUUACAAAGCCUAUCUUGCAAUCCGGCAGCACGCCAACCUCUUCAUUAACCUCUUCUCCAUGAUGCUGGGCUCGGGGAUGCCUGAGCUGCAGUCGUUCGAUGACAUCGCUUACAUCAGGAAGACCCUGGCCUUGGACAAGACGGAGCAGGAGGCCUUGGACUACUUCAUGAAGCAGAUGAACGACGCUCACCACGGUGGCUGGACUACAAAGAUGGACUGGAUCUUUCACACAAUCCGCCAGCACGCCAUGAACUAAAAUGAGGACUGAAACAGAAGAAGAGUCGAGGAUUGUUGUGACAGCAGUGAGCUCUGAACAGUGAGCAAGGUAUUUGCCCAAACACACUAAGGCCUGGUUAAUACUUCAACCAGUGCGUGACUGCGAACGUUACCUGCAAGUGCACCAGAGAAGAAAGGGUCCUCUGAAGGGCCAGUUUUAGGGCCAUGACGCCUAAAUGCUCCUGCAGGGUUCUGAAUUUCUUCUCCCUGCACUUUGAACUUUAAAAAAAAGCAGGGCGGAGAUAUAUUCUAUCAGUCUUCAUAGGAACUAAACAAAAGUAUAAUGGACCUCAACAACGUUGGCCUUUUUCAUGUUAACUAACUAUGGACACAUUUUUAUUUUCUUAUUUUUUAAAAACAUAUUUCACUACAUCUUAAACCAUCAGCAUUAAGGAAAAAAAACCACCAUGAAGUUGUAAACCAUUAGCACAGCUUGUUUUUUCUAACUAUGAACUGACAGAGAGUAACUGCAUUUAUUUCCACUACCUAUUUCGAACGGAUGAAGACGUUGGAGAUCCAACCAAAUCUUUAAAGCUACUAAAAAAGCAGUAAGUAGAACAUACAGAGGACGUGUUGUAAAACACUUAGCUAGCAUUUUUUAAGGACUUCUUUGUAGCCUACAGAUGACUUAUCCUCCGCUCAUAACCCUCCAUAGAAAACUGACUUUUGUACAGCAGUAUAUCCAGAGACUUGUAUGAAUUCGGUGCAUAUACUCCUUUUUUAAAUAUAUUUUCUACUGAGCCAAAGGACUAGAUGUGUAACCCCACUACUCCGCAGUCUUAUUGUUAAAAAGGUCACUACUAUUCCAAGUCUCCUGUGUACUCAUAGCACUGAUCUCUGCAGUAUUUUUGUUUGAUUUUGUUUUGUUUAUCAGUAUUAUUCUGUCAGUUUGUGAGGCACCAGUGUGCAUCAUUCGACCCCCGAGCAAUUUGUACGCAGAUGGACUGGAAGAAAACGUUCAGAUGGUCAGCUGUGAGAGACGCACAGUAUUGUUUUCAGGAGCUGAUAAAGGCGAGAUACAGAUAUGCAGUGUUCUUUUAGUGUGCUGUGCUGUUACACUAUGCAAGUUGUGAUCCUAAUAUGUACUGUUUACUGCAACAACAAAAAAAAAGGUGAUGUCAGAGUGCAAAACAAGAGAGAGGUGCAUCCUCCCCCCCCAGACAUGCUAACACGGAGCAGUGUCAACAGACUUUACACAGACAGUACAUGGAAGAGAAAAUGUUGCACUGUAACAGGAUCGUCGUCUUCUUCCCUACGAAAAACACAGCAGUGAGAAACGCCUUUGGUCCCUGCCUUUUGCUUCUUCUUACCAGCUAUAUGUGGAGCUUCAAUCUAAGCCAUCUGUAAAAAAAAAAAAUACUCCUGUCUUCUUGUUCUAGAUCAGACGAAUAUUUUUAAAACGCACUCUUCUCCUUACCUUUGGUUCCAGAUCGUGACAUCCAGGUAAAGAAAAGCAGCCGAAGUGAAUUGUUUUCAACCUUCCCAAGUGUCUUCAUCCCUCCUCUUUUCCUAUGAUUGUCACCCUUAUGUGUGGAAGAAAAGUCUCUGCAGGUUUGCUACACUGCACAGACACAUGCGUAAGAGGUCAGUAAAUGUUCUAGCUUUACCAAAUGAAACACAACAGGGCGGUUUCCUGGACACUCGUAUGUCUGAAAGUCCGAUUUAUGUUUGCUGUACAUCUGUGGGGACUUUAUUAUGCCCAGGAAACUGAUCCUACUGAGAUGGAUGUGCUUCUGUACGGGCUACAGAGCGACGGGCAGGACCCAAACUCAAAAUAAAAUCCCCUAAUACUUUAUGGAAGAACUAUCUAAAUGAUGCUAUUUCCCUUUGUAUUUACAUGUUAUGUUUGUUGUUUUUCUGUUUCUUACACUGCAUUAUGCAUGAGGUCCUCGACUAUCUACUUUUUUUUUUUUUUUGACCUGAUGUUGUUUACUUGAAUUUCAUGUAUAAAUAAUGACCUUGUUACUUGUGUGAGGUACAACAGAGUCACAAUGAAGUUAACAUAGAACUGCUACAAGUGCAAAUGCUUUUUUUCCUUGAAUAACUACAGAGGUAAUAUAUUUUUGUAUUUUUAAAUGUAAGCAAACUCACAUAUGUAACUGCUAACCAAAAAAAAAAAAAAGGAGGAAUCAUGCAUUUCAUGCACCAUCCUCAUAGAGACCCAGUAGACAGCUUCUAGUUGUUGAAACGAAAUGAAUGAGAAAGCAGCAGAAGCGAAUUGUUGAAUGAAGGACAAGGACUUGAUGCUGUUGUCGAGUUGAGAUCUCUUGCCCCGAGUGGAAGUCUGUAAGCACAAUAAGGAGGAAAAAGCUAACCUGCAUGAAAAGAACCAGAGUCAUAUGUUAGUUAUAUUCAUCUGUAUAUAUAUCAUAAAACCUCUUCAAAUACUUGUUUUAGUCAUCCGCAUACGAUCCUCAUAAGAAACUGUAUUCAUUCAUGUAUUGUACUGAUGAAUAAAAAACAUUUCUCCCUA